AUGGCUCUGCUGGAUCCAGAUUAUGCAGUGAAAGGCAGCAGCAGCAUCAUCAGGGAAUGGAGUGGGCAGGUUCAGCCAGCUCUCAUUGCCUCCUUUGUGUUCCUCUUCUGCCUGGAAGCUUGCCUGUGGGUGCGCAACCUGAGACUCAAGAGGAGGCUGCCAGGACCCUUCGCCUGGCCAGUGGUGGGCAACGCCAUGCAGCUGGGCCAGAUGCCCCACAUCACCUUCUCCAAGCUGGCAAAGAAGUACGGCAAUGUCUACCAGAUCCGUUUGGGCUGCAACGACAUUGUGGUGCUGAAUGGUGACUCCGCCAUCCGCCAGGCUCUCAUCCAACACAGCACUGUGUUUGCUGGCAGACCGAACUUCGCCUCCUUCCAGAAUAUCUCCGGGGGCAAGAGCAUGGUUUUCAGCAACUACAGCAAGCAGUGGAAGAUGCACCGCAAAGUGGCCCACUCCACGCUGCGAGCCUUCUCCUCGGCCAACAGCCAGACCAAGAAGGCUUUCGAGCAGCAUGUGGCCGGAGAGGCCAUGGAGCUCGUCCAGAUUUUCCUGCGCCUCAGCAGAGAUGGGCGUUACUUCGACCCGUCCCACGAGUUCACUGUGGCCGCUGCCAACGUCAUCUGCGCCCUCUGCUUCGGGAAGCGCUACGGGCACGACGACCCAGAGUUCAGGACCCUGCUCAGCCGGGUGGACAAGUUCGGGGAGACGGUGGGCGCUGGAAGCCUGGUGGAUGUCAUGCCCUGGCUCCAGUCGUUCCCCAACCCGGUGCGCAGCGUCUACCAGAACUUCAAAAGCCUCAAUGAAGAGUUCUUUGCCUACGUGAAGAGCAAGGUGGUCCAACACAGGAACACCUUCGACCCUGAAGUGACAAGGGACAUGAGUGAUGCCAUCAUCAACGUCAUAGAGCAUGGGAAAGAAAGCACACUGACCAAAGACUAUGUUGAAGGCACAGUGACAGAUCUGGUAGGUGCUGGGCAGGACACUGUCUCCACUGCUUUGUCCUGGAUAGUGCUGCUGUUAGUUAAAUACCCACAGCACCAAGUUAAGCUGCAGAAACACAUUGAUAAAGUGGUCGGUCGCGACAGGCUGCCCUCCAUCGAGGACAAGAGCAGCCUGGCGUGCCUGGAAGCCUUCAUCUAUGAGACCAUGCGUUACACCAGCUUCGUGCCCGUCACCAUCCCCCACUCCACCACCUCGGACGUCACCUUCGAGGGUCUCCACAUCCCCAAGGACACCGUCGUGUUCAUCAACCAGUGGUCCGUCAACCAGGACCCCCUGAAGUGGAAGGACCCCCACGUUUUCAACCCAUCACGGUUCCUGGACGAGGACGGCAACUUGGACAAGGACCUUACCAACAGCGUCAUGAUCUUCUCCACGGGGAAGAGGAGGUGCAUCGGGGAACAGAUCGCCAAGGUGGAAAUCUUUUUAUUAACGGCCAUCUUGCUGCACCAGUGCACGUUUGAGCACAAUCCCGCACGGGCCCUGAGCAUGGACUGUUCCUACGGGCUGACUCUGAAGCCCCUCCAUUUCUCAAUCACAACCAAACUCAGAGGCAAGCUGCUCGGCUUGGUGUCACCGGCAUGAAAAAAGACUGCUGCUCAACUGACUCCAGGCCAGAAAGGACUUUUCAAAAAUGUUUAAGUUGCUCUUGUUGCAAAUCCAGUGAGUAUUAGCAAAUCUGCACUGAAUGCUGUUUCAUAUUUAAAGAUGUUAUUAUCGUUUUUUCACAGUUUAGAUUGUAUGUGAAAUGUAUGGUUUAAUGUGGAUGAAAGAUUAGUUACAUGACAUAUCAAGUCUAAGAAAAAGCUCAAGCAUAAGUAAAUUGUGGAUGCCCAGCGUUGCGGGUCAUCAUCAGAAGUCAGUGGUGUUUUUUUUUUACAAUAUAAAACAUUGUGUUUGUUCACCAACCUGCAUGCAUCUAAAAAUAUUUCGAGAAUUUAUAUAUGAAGUGAGAAAUAUGUAUAAGUUAUAUAUGUAUAAACCUGCAUUUGUCUUGCAAGCAGGUGUAUGUGAAAGUUGUUAGGCUACACCUGAGGGUACACUGUACAUGUUGCAAAGAAAAUACUUUUUUUAAAGUUCACAAACAUUUAAAAAUGCAUUUAUUCUUUACGUGAGAUCUCUAUGUCUAUUCAAUAUUUUUAAUGAAUUAUAUGUCAGGUAUUGAAAAUGUACUUUUUAAAAUGUUUUAUUUGUCUACUGUACACUCAAGAGCACAUAUCAUACCUGUAUGGGAAGAACCUCAGAGGUAAUCCAUUUAUGACUAUAUCUUUUGAGGACAUUUAUUAAGUUUCAGGAAAAUAACACAGGCAGCAUUGUUCUAAAAGGUAAUCAAGAUAUGAGAAGCAAAAUGUAGGACAAGGUGUUGACUUUGAACUUUUUUAGCAGAGAAAGCUAAAUUGUGUGCUCUCAAACGUGAGGCACCUCAUUCAAUGGCCAGUUAUGAAUGAACUACGUUCUGUUGAGGAGAAUGAUAGAGGAGAGAGAGAGAGAGAGAGAGAGAGAAAGAGAGAGUGAGUGAGAGAAAUAGAGACAUAGAGAGAGAGAGAGAGAGCUUAGACACCAAAUCUAUAGCCCCCUGUUUCUUAUCCAAACAGUUCUCACUUCAAACCACAACCUAAACUUAACUCGCAAAAGAUGAGAAGAGAAAAAACUCCCAGGAAAUGUCGAGGCAUGACUUACACAUGUUUUCACAAAUGGGCUUUUGCUUUUGUUUACACCCUUGGGGCUUUGCAAACUAUCUGGAAGUCAUUUCACCUAUGCUGAAAUGCAUGCAUUCAGGAAUUCAUAAACUUGUGCGUGAAGCCAAUAAACACAACCACUUAUUGAAUGUCCAAGGCAAGCGAUCACCACAGAUGACAAUUUUGAUGAUGUUGUUGUUGUGUUUGUUUUUUUUACUCUUUGAAAAUAAGCUACAUAGAUCUGGAGUGAAUAAAGAGGAUUUUUUAAAACUA